AAUGCGGAUCGUCCAUGUUACGUUUGGAAUUUUCCAAUGGCAAGCUCGCUAGGCUCCUUUUCGCCGUACAUGUUAGUCCUGCGAAUGUUAUAUCCGUACUUUUGCUGCUCGUAUUGUCGAACGACGAGCUCGUUUUCUCCUCCAUAACUUCAAUACGGUCCGUGCGUCAGAAAACUCACCGCCCUCGGGGUGCUGCACCGGCGUGAACAGCAUAGCUCCGAGAAGCCAUACAUUCUGCGAAGCGGCUCGGAGACAGACACAAUCUGUUGCUUCUCUCGGUAUUUAGUUUCUACCUUCUGAAUCACCGUUCCUCGAAUUGACUGAGUUCUCACACCUUUGCUUUUCGUAAAGAGUAGGACUACCAGACGCCCGACGCCCGUCUUGGUUCAUCUCAUUACCAACCUUCUAUCUCUCGUCCUGGGACUCUCCUGCUGUACACAAUGAACAGUCAGUCGGCUCAGUUAGCACCGCCAGGUCGCCGACGCUCCAUUUCGGACCCUCUGUCUGCUGCACUUCUGCCUCCGCCGAAUGAGUCUCCAGAAGAUCGCGAGAAAAGACUCAAAGCGGAAGCAGAGGCCAAGAAACGUAGCGAUAACAUCGACAGAAUGCUGCGCGAAGGGGAGCGCCAGAACCGCAGAAAGAAGGUCGUCAAAGUCCUACUUCUUGGUCAAAGUGAAAGCGGAAAAUCCACAACGCUGAAACAGUUCCAGUUACUUCACGCGCCCGCUGCCUUCCACGCAGAGAGGAUAGCAUGGAGAUUCGUGAUAUAUCUCAAUCUGUUGCAAUCCGUCCGCCGGAUCCUCGAGGCGAUUUCUCCGGAAGCUGAUGCGUUGGCAAACGGACUGGAUGACCUCGACGAGGAUGACACUGGCUCGACGACAUCGAUCAUCAUAAGUGCACCUAGCGGGUCCUCGUCGUCCUACGGAACCCAAGUACCCAACUACGAGAGCUACCGUAGACGCCUAUCGCCACUAGUCGACUUGGAACUCAGACUAAUCCAGCAACUAUCCGACCCUGACGAUAAUGACGGAUUUGAGGCUACUCAUCUUCCUUGGAGCCAUCAACAACAACCAUGGAGUCCAGGUGGAGAGAUUUCCCCAAUGUCGAUGAACUUCUACGGCUCUGGACAACCAAUACCCAAGAUCAAUAUACCCUCCGGCUCACGCUCCUCACCCGCCUCGCCGACCUCACUCGCUUCGAUGUCCAGUCAUCAAGAGCUGGCUGUGCCAACAACGUUCAACUGGAAGAAAGCCUUCGCCCUCGGGAAGAUCCAGAGUCCAAAGAACGCACAUUCCGGCGAAUUACAAGGAUGGUGGGAGGACCCAGAUGAUCCUGUACAUGUGCUGUAUCGAUGUGCUCCUGCUAUAACCGAGCUUUGGCGAGACCCGAAAGUGAAGCAAAAGCUUGUGGAGAAGAGGCUUCGAUUGGAGGAGAGUAGUGGAUUUUAUCUAGACGAGAUCGAUCGGAUUACUGCCAAGAUGUAUUUCCCGACGGACGAUGAUGUAUUGAAAGCACGGUUGAAGACGACUGGCGUCGUUGAACAUACUUUCAAUAUGCCCAAGAACAGCGAGUUCCGCGGCGUCGAGUGGAAGAUAUACGACGUAGGAGGGUCGAGACCUCAGAGACACGCGUGGGCGCCAUAUUUCGACGAUGUCAAUGCUAUCAUUUUCCUUGCUCCGAUCAGCGCUUUCGACCAAGUUCUUGCAGAGGAUUCUUCAGUCAAUCGCCUCGAAGACUCCAUGCUUCUUUGGAAGUCCGUUGUUUCGAACCGCCUUCUGGAAAAUGUCAACAUAAUUCUAUUCCUAAACAAAUGUGAUUUAUUGAAGACAAAAUUGGAGAGUGGAGUGCGACUAUCCCAUCACUUACCCGCUUACUCAAAUCGUCCCAACGACUACGAAUCCGUAUCCAAAUAUUUCCGCAACAAGUUUGGUGCCGUUCACCAGUCCUAUACCCCAAACAGGGGGAGAGAACUCUACAUUCACCUGACCUCUGUUACUGACACUCGGCGUACACGAGUGAUCAUUUAUAAUGUUCGUGAUAUGAUUCUUACUGGGAACCUGAAGUCGUCAUCCUUGAUGUGAAGACCUUGUCCGAUACACGCCUAAACACACUGUCCGCUAUAUCUCUCUGGUUGUUCCUUUAUGCUUUCGUUCUCUAGUACGUUAUAACUCGUCUCUUGUUGAUUAAUGCUUUGGGAUCCUCUUGCUUUCCAUGCUCUUCACCAUACUGUACUCCUUUACGCUAUAAAUCCACUUCGACCUGAAGAAAGCUGAUGUACUCUUGUUCUUGUUAAUCUUGUGAUCCGCUUCCCUUCAUACUGUAGCCUUGCUUACCUGUAUUUGAGGUAUCCUGCGGCAUUUCUUUCGACUUCCCGUCCCGCACGGAGUUCCGAAUGGUGCUGAACUUGAACGAUGGCCUUGACAAUAUUAGUAUCUUUGAACCCACCCGCUUUCACGA